AUGAUUAACCAUGGCAUGUUGUUUGCGUUUGUAGAGAGAUGGCACUUGGAGACGUUAUCUUUUCAUCUUCCAUAUGGGGAGAUGUCCAUCACACUAGAUAAUGUCUCAUGCUUGUUGCAUCUUCUAAUCAGGGGACAAAUGUUAGACCAUUCUAGGAAUAAUAAAGAUAAGGCAAUGAAGAUGACGAUGACUUAUAUGGAAGUUGACCUAGGGGAUGCUUGUGAGGUUGUAAGCACAACAGUUGCAUGUGGUAGAGCAUGUUGGUGGUGA